CGCCCUGAUCCGGGACACCCUCGCCUGGCCGCCAUCACACCUCCGCCCCGCCCCGCCGCCGCUGCCUCAUCGCCGCCCAUCCGCCGCGCCGCCCGCCCGCCCAGGACCAUUUAUACCCCGAGUGCUGCACCAAAAGUCGCAUGUCCAUCCAGAACCUCAAUACUUUCGAUCCCUUUGCUGAUGCAGCACGUGGGACUGACGAGGGCGUGCAAGAUGGCUUGGUCCACAUAAGGAUCCAGCAGCGCAAUGGUCGUAAGACCCUCACCACAGUGCAGGGCUUGUCCUCCGACUACGACCUAAAGAAGAUUGUGCGUGCCUGCAAGAAGGACUUUGCCUGCAACGGCACGGUGGUGGAGCACCCAGAGUACGGCGAGGUCCUACAGCUCCAGGGUGACCAGCGUGAGAAUAUCUGCCAGUUCUUGACCAAGGUGGGGCUGGUCAAGGCCGAACAGAUCAAGGUCCACGGCUUCUAAUGCCCCGCCCCGCCCCCCCGCCGCCCCGCCUAUGCUGCCCCCCCUCCGCCACACCGCCCCGCCAGCAGCAUCGCCGUCACCACGCGCUGAAGCUCCUGCUGGUGACGAAGAGGGAGGAGGAGGAGGAAGAAGAGGAGGAGGAGGAGGAGGGAGAGUUGGUGAAGGUGGUUGAUGUUUUGUAAGAAGAACUGCAACCACCACUAUUACUACUACCAUUACCACCACUACGACUACUACUACUACCACCACCCCUUACCAUUACUAUAACUACCAGCAAUAAAGGCAACCCCCUCCCCCAUAUACCCCGCCACCACACCCCUACCACAGAUAGAACUAACGUAACCUCACCCCCUAAAUUGCUUUCCAAACCCAUGUACAGUCUGGACCUAUCCUAACUUGUCUUACCACUGCAACCACAACCACCACUACUACUACUGUUACAACCACCACCACCACUACUACUACUACUACCAACCCACUCGUAACUUGCUAUAAUAACUCCACCAACACCCUUGUAACAACCCCACCCCACCCCCCCUCCCAUGCCCCUGAUUCCACCACCCCCCGCCCCCCAUUUGAGAUAUGUAUGUUGAGGGUGGUAUUGAUGUUUUCCGAGAACGUACUUAACCCCUAGGAAGCAAAGAGAGCGAGAGAGAGAGAGAAAGAGAGCGAGGAUGUUGUUGUUGUAAGCGGCAGGUUCUGUUCUCGGGUGGAAAUUUUUAAAACGGCAAAGCUUUUUUCAAGUUUUUCCCUUUGUUUUUUGAGUUUUUUGUUUAUUCAUUCAUCGGUUGUGUGUGUUCAUUGAGGAAAGUGAACAUGAGUGGUAGUGUUUUUGCUUCCUUCUAUCCAUCUCCUUCAUUUCCUCCUUCCCCUUGUUUUCCUCCCCUUCUAUCUUUAACUGGGAUGUAAAUGUAGCCACUAGAUUUUUUUACUAUCUUUUAAGGACAUAAUGUAUUACUUUUUCUUUCUUUCUGCCUUCACUUCCCUCUUUUCUUUCUUUCACUCCUUUCCUUCCUCACUUUUUCUUUCCUCUCUUUGUUUCUGCUUGACUUUUGACCCUUUCCUCUCUUCCCUUCCCAUCCUUCCUUUACCUUCUUUCCUUUCUAUUCCUUCUCUCCUUUUCCUUACCUCCUUCCUCCGUUGCAUUGCGCUCACACUCAUUCUUUUCACGUUUGAUGUCAGAAUCGCAGUAGAGUGCUCCCGCCGCUGACGCUAAAGGCUUGCCUGUCUGUGUGUCUGUCUGUCUGUCUGUCUGUUGUAUUGAUAAGAAGAUUGAUAAAGCCACAAGGAUACCAUAGCAAA